AUGGGGCCGGGGGGAGCGUCGGGGCCCCCGGGCCAGGGCGAGAGGGAGCCCCGCGGUCCUACCGCGCCCGCCUGGGGCCCCGGGUCUGAGUUCAGCCCGGGAGGUGGGGCGGUCCCCAGACGGGGAGGACCGGCCUGGCCUCGUAACCCCAGGCGACCAGGUGGCGGCGCGGCCCCGGGGGACGACCCCUCGGAAGCCCCGCCCGCACCCCGCGGCCCCGGGGGGAACAAGCUCGUCCAGGUCCCUCCUCUGCAGAGCAGUCCUUCCCGUCAGAACACCCUGCAGCUUAACGCCUCCAUCGACUUCCCCAUGCUCGUGGGGACCCCCCAAAUGGGCCCGCUGACCUGCCCCAUCUGCUCAGCCCGAAGCCCCCAAGCGCUUCCUGUGUGCCACACGACGGCUCACCUCCCACAGCUGGCUGGAUGCUGCCCGCCCGGAGCCCCCUUCCUUUCCCAGGCCGUGCGCAAGAGGCAGGAGUGGGACAUGGGGGCGGACGGGCCCGCUGCCCUCGGCGCCGCGGGCCUCGCCCGCCACCUGGAAGAGCGCGAGGUGGGAGCGGCCCGGCCCCGGCCGGCCGGACGCACGGACGGCGGCCGCAGCCCGAGUUUUCCUCCGCCGGGCGGCAGUCGCCCGAGUCCCCGCGUCCCGAUCGCCGCAGGCCAGGACGGAGCGGCGCUGACGGCGAAGCCCCCCACUGGCGCGGCCGCCCCGCGGGCCCCUGGGCGGGUGCGCCGCGUCGCCGGGGAGGUUCGGCCCGGUUCGCGUCCAGGUUCGCGCCAGAGGAGCCCAAGUCUGGGCUCUAGGGGAGAACGCCUGCAAGACCGAGGUCCCCGGCACCCCGACCCUCCGACUGGGGAACAUGCCGGCCACACUCCUACCCUUUGGGCGGUUGGGGGCUGCUGCGCCUUGUCCCUCAACUUCCAAGGGGAAGAGGACGCCUGCCCUGGGGCCCCUCGCAACCCGUCCUUGGCCUCCAGCGCCCUCCUUCCCCCGCCUCCCUUCCACCUCCCUCCACCCACACCCAGGACCCGUCAACCCCUGCUGAAGUGCUUGGAGGUGGGUGGUGAGACCGAGCCUCUCCCUGGGGCAUCCACCUCUGGACUAGAGCUUGCCCCACUUCUGGGCGCUGCAGCCCCCAUCAACCCUGGUCCUGAUGCCCCUGGCCACUCCCACCACAACUUGAGCAGAGUUGGGGACCCCUGUGGGGCCAGCUCUCCUGUGUGUCCUGCUCCCCUCAGGACGGUCUGCAGUCACAAGCCCCGCUGUGCUGAGCAGCAGCUGGGGACCCAGGGAGGACGUGGGGCCAGCCCUAACCUGUACUCCCACACUGGGACCCCCCUUCCUUGGGCACCUGCCCUCCACCCAGACGUUCCGUUCCCGGCAGAUAGCCCACUCGUUCCUGCCCACCCCACCCAACCCGGGCCUGGGACCUGCCCCCGAUGCUCAGGAACGCCCAGCUCAGAUGAAGCCACUGGAGAGGGUCAACUCACUAGUUCUUUCUGCUACCCCCCUACCCCCAACCAGCCAGGCCACACCUUCACCCCUUUAGCCCUGAACCCGUCCACAGCAAGGCCCACCCAACGCCCCACCAAGAGGACCCUAAAGUUACCAGGCUCUGAUAGGGAUGCCAACUUUUUAUCAGAAAAGGAAGUUAAAAGAGUGCAGGAAGCUUGGGGGUGAAGACUGUCCUUCCUGUCCCUGGAUCAGCCCACUGCCCUCCCACCCCCAUCCCGGCCACCACACCAGGCCCACACACGAUCCCCAAAAGCAGGCGGCUUCACAUACUGGCCGCCGACCACAGCGCCCUCUUGGACCCCUGGUUCCUGUCCGCCCAGGCCUCCUGUCCACGGGGCUCUAGUAGGUGGUGGGUCUGCCUCUUUUGAUCUUCCUGCCCCUUCCUCCCUCCUCACUGCCUGUCCCCAGCCUGGUGGGGGGACAGAGGCUCAGCCCAGCCGGAGCUGACCUGAUCCUGAGAGGGAACCCGGGGUCUUAUGGGGGAGACGAUGGAGUUGGCAGGACUCCACCCCCAGCCCGCACCCUCAGGCCCCUGUCUGGGCAGGGGGGUCAGGCUGUGAGGAGGAGGCCCCCCCCACAGCCGCAGGCACUCCAGGGGAGGGACCUCCUCCCACCUGUACCCUUCAGCUUUGGAUUCCACCCUGGGCAGUGUUGCCCACGCUGCCAGGCGUCCCUCCCCCGACAUCCCGCUGCACCAGUGUUCCUGAGGACAAGCCGCUGUGAGGGGCUGCUGCGUGGACUCAAGCAGUCCUCGAGGGAGCAUGCAAGGAUUCGGGGGAAUCAGGUUGUGCCUUCCUGGGUCGAUGGAGGCAAAAGUCCCUGAGGGCUUUGCGGAGGCCCCCUUGCAGCCGCUCCCCUGCAGCCCUCCAUCACCCGCAGUCACCCUCAGAAAGCCAAGGGAAGGGACCGUGCAAUGUGCCGGGGCACACCCCUCACGGCCAGACAGCAGGGCAGACUUUCCAAAGUGGCACUGGGGCCACAAAGUCCUUCCUCACUUGAGGGCCUCCAGCUCGCCUCUCCCUCUGCUGCCUCGAUUCUGUCCUCUGACUGCGGUCGCACACCAGGCCGAGCUCAGCUGUCUGCAGGCUGCGGACGCGCCGGGCUGUCCUAGGCAGUGGUCAGGGCCAGACAAGACGACGCUGGCAGCUCUGAGGCCAGCGCCUCUGUCAUCUGGCAGCUCCACCGAACUCCGCCUGGGAGGAGUGGCUGCGUCACUGCUCCAUCCCAGGACACGGACUGUGGGGAAUCAGGAGAGAAGGGAAAGCCCCCCGCUCGGCCUGCCUCCCGCACCCCAUCGCUCAGCCAGGACUCAGCUCAGGUUGCCUCCAAGGCCCACGCGGGCAUCUACGAGGCCUUGUGCCUCAGGUGAGGCAUCUGGGGUUGGGUUCGGUGGGACUUACCCAAAGGCCUGCAGCUCUGGGUCCGCGCCUCCCCCCUGCCCUGCCCCCCACCAGCUGCCACUGUGCGCUGAGCUGUGAUGGUGCCUUUGACAGCACGUGACUGCUUGGCCCAGUGCUCCAAGGUGUCAUAUGGGGGCGUGGAUCCCUUCUGAGGGGCUUUCACUCCUCGCCGAGGAGCAUGGUGCCCCAAGGCCGCGGGCCUGGUCAGGCUAGAGUCCAAGCCCCUCACUGCCUGUGGGGCUGCAUGGACACGGGGGUGACUCGAGGGCCUGCCAGCCGACGAGCAGCAGCGCAGGGCAGAGUGAACGGAGAAGGUGCCCAGUGGGGUGUCCCUGGAGUGGAACAAAGACAAUGCCCUGGACCCGCCUGGCAGCCACGCGGGUCCUGGCGGCAUCCCAGCGAACCACAGGGCACAGCUCUUCUCCGGGCAAAGCGGCUUCUCCCCUCCCAAGUGAUGACCGCAGGCGAGGUUCCCCCCUCAGCCCCCAGGCAAGACAGGCGGGGGGCGGGCUGUGUGAGGAGAGGGGUCUGCCUGUCAGCCGCCUCCUUCCGUCCUGAGCUGGGCAGCCUGGUGGGUCUAAAGGACGCAUCAGAUGCAACGCUUGGGCCUGCAGGGCUUGGGCAGAUGGGCUCCUGGAGGGGUGUGUGGCCUUGGCCCAGAUCAGAUCAGCAGGGCUCACAGCCUGCCCCCCACCCCUGCCUAAGACCCUGGAGAGGACAGGUGGGGCCCAGGGGGAGGGGAGGCUCUGCAGCACGUGAUCCGCCAACAGUCAGGGGCCAGGCUGUAGUUCCAAAUGCCACCUUGUCUGCUGGGAUGAUGGUGGUGCCAGG